AAAUUUAUUGCAUUAUUGUGGGUAGUUUUGUCGAUCAAUCUCUAAAAUUAUUCUUAUCUUUAUAGUGGUAUCUAGAUUAUUGUUUACAAUCGGUCUAAUUAAAGGUGAAUCCAAAAUAGAAAUUUUAAGACGGCAGAAAUGGGGCUAAAAACGAAAAGAAUGCAAAAACUAUUUGAGCCCGUUAUGGAAAAGGUGAAAAAGUUAGGAGAAAUGUCAGAAAAUGAAAAUUCUCAUUCUGCUGAUGUUUCUGCUAUAAAAUUCAUAUUGCAUGAACAGCUUCAGGAUUUAACUGAAAAAUUUGUAUCUCUUUGUAGAGAAGAUGCAAAUGAUUAUAAAGAAAUGAAAGGACAAAUUGUUACAUUAAUUGAGGAAUUUUGUACUUCAGUUGACGUUAACAAGCUCAUUAUGAAAGUUGACAAUAAAAACAACAAAGAAGAAAUUGGAGAUCUAAUUCUAAAACAAUUUGUUUCUUCUCUCGAAAAUUUAGAAAGCUUGGAAUAUCUUCCUUUAAAACAGAAUCUUCAACAUUGUCACGAUUAUGUAAAAGUCAUGAGUACAAUUAAUGAGAUUGAGGACUUUCAAAAUAUAAAGGAACUCGGUACUUCUAUUAUUGAUUUUUUUCAAGUUUUACAGUUUUAUAAGAAAAAUUUAGUAUCACAAUUUUUAAAAGAAAAACUUUCGCUUUAUUUAUGUCAGCUUUGCGCCGCUUUUAAAAUUCUUGUUCAUUUAAUUCAACAACAACACAAGUUAAAGGCACCAAUAUUUAGUUGCAAGAAAUAUGUUUGUGAUCGUUUGUGCUAUUGUUUUAAAAUGAUAAUUGAGAUAUUGGAUUCCCCAAAUCCUUUACCUGAAGAUGAAGUUUCAGAAAAGGAAAAUCAUUUUGUUUAUAGAAUGGAUUUGGUAUUAGAUAUAGUCACUGAAAUGAUAGGAAAAUCAUUGAAGGAACAAGUGGAUGAUUUAAAAGAUUUGUUGUUAGGGAUAGAAGACGUAUUUUCACAUGCUAUGGCAAUCGCACAAGUUUGUCUGCCACAGGAUUUUAAAGCAAUAAGCGGAGUUUGCCAAUCAGUUAUGUCAGAAUAUGAAAACCUCAAAACUCAAAUGAACAAUGAAACGUCUGAACUAACUAUGAUAAAUUUAUUCUUAAAUUCUCUUAUCGACUCUUUAUAUCGUUUGGAACGAAAAGUAAACAUUUCUGUUCUUACUUUGAUUAUGGAAGUUUUCAGCGAUUCGUUAAGUCCUUUGCGAAAACUGAUAAACAUUUGUGGAACCGGCCUACUUGUUGAAAAAAAAUCAAAGAGUGAUUUAAAUGAGUCAAUUGAAGAUUUUGAUCAACUCUCAGAUAAAGCUUUACAAAUAGGAUCUUUUGCAAUUGCUUGUUGUCGAAAUGCGAACCGUGCUAAUAAUAUCAAGAAUUCCUUAGCGAGUUUAGAGUCGCUAGGAAUGGAAUUGAUUCCCGCAAUCACAGAUUUUUAUCUUCAUCUUGAUAAUAAAGAAAAACAAACGAGUGUUAAACUUUUAACUGAUGAAUGGCAGACAGAAAUUAGAAAAUUUCAUAAUACAGUUUUUCUAAUCAUCGACUCAUCUGCCUACUGUCAAGUAGUUUUAGAUGAUAUUCAGGAACGCGUGAAAAUAAUGUCGGAUUGCUUAGAUAAUAGAGAAGGAGUAACUCAGCAACAAGUUCAAGGAAUCGUUCAGAGAUCAUUGACUCUCGUGAAUCAAGUUACAAUCACUGUAGAUGAUCUUGGAAAUGAACAUUUUGACAGACAUACUAUAAUGAAGAUUCGAGAGCUGAAAGCUUCAAUUUAUGAAGCUGAUCAUGCAGCAAAAACUCUGCUUACUGAAAAUGUGACGGAACCUCAACAAUUACGUGUGAUAAAACGCUGCGAAAUGAUUUUGAAUGUUGUGAAAACUCUUCAGCCUAUUUUACAAACGAUAGUAAACAAUUCAAUAUUAAUGAAUACUACAUGUGAAAAUGCUCGUAUGGGACAAGGAGAUACUCUUCAUUCAAGUAGCACUCCUUUAUGUUUUCCUUCAAAUGUUCUAAGUUUACCUUUCGAUCAAAGGUCUCUGACCUAUAUUCGAACACCCUACACAGUUAGCAGUUUUAAGCAACCAUUAUCUGUUCCACCUGCAAAUAGUGUUUCAAAAAGUUCGCCGGAUUUGAAUUCCUUGAUUCCUUACAUAAAAAGGGGUCGAAAUAUGCGAUCGGAACAAUCAGUUAUGUAUAAAACUCCAAAAAGAAAUGAUCAUAAAGAUGAAUUGCAAAUAAGAAAUUUAUCUAGUGUCAGACAACAUUUAUUCAGCAGAGACAGUUUUAUACGCAGUGAUUCUAUUGAUUUAUCUGCUGAAAGUUUGGAUCUUACAGGAAUUCUAGAUAAAAUUUCUGGCCUUGCAGAUACAUUUGACAAUUCUCAAAAUUCUUCAUCCUUAAACAAUAAAAAUGUAUUACACGAAAAUGAAAAGGAAACAAUGGAUUUAAAUUGCCAGACAAAGAAUUUUCCAGAAAAUAUUGUUAUUGACGUUAACAAUCAAUUGGAUUCAUUAAAAGAUUCUCUUAUCAAUCAAAAAGUAUGUUCAAUAGUUGAUGGUGGAGGAGACGCCCCGUCAACAAUUGAAACACCAGUACGCCUUAAGGAUUUACAAAUAUUGGAUAAAAAAAUCGAAGCCCUUCAGAAACAUACGUUCUAAGUAAUAGCUUUAAAAUCAUCUAUUUCUUAUUUACAAUCAUGUUAAACAUUAAGUUUUAUGAGUAUUUUUAAUUCCUGUUAGAUAAGGAAUUCACUAAUUAAUUUAGUUGAUUCAACAUGAAGAGUAAACUAUAUUUUUUUAUUAUGAAAAAUAAAAAAGAAAACAAUUAA